AUGUUAAAACGAACGCCUCCAAAAGAUUCCCUUACUAAAGCAUGCGAAGAAGGAAAUCUCGAACGGAUUAAAUCUCUUAUAGAAAGUGGUAACUAUAUAGUAAAAUCUUUAGAUUUACCACUCAUUUCUGCAUCACAACAAGGUCAUCUUGAAGUUGUUAAUUAUCUUAUCUCUGUUGGAGCUAAUAAAGAUGCAAAGAAUAAAGAUGGAUGUACUCCACUCAUUUUUGCAUCACAACAAGGUCAUCUUGAAGUUGUUAAUUAUCUUAUCUCUAUUGGAGCUGAUAUAGAAGCAAAGGAUGUUGUUGGAUAUACUCCACUCAUUUGGGCAUCAAAAACAGGUCAUCUUGAAGUUGUUGAAUAUCUUAUCUCUGCUGGAGCUGAUAAAGAAGGAAAUAAUAAUGGUGGAAUUACUCCACUCAUUUGUGCAUCACUUAAUGGUCGUCUUGAAGUUGUUAAAUAUCUUAUCUCUGUUGGAGCUGAUAAAGAAGCAAAGAAUAAACUAUUUGGAUAUACUCCACUCAUUCGUGCAUCAGCAAAUGGUAAACUUGAAGUUGUUAAAUAUCUUAUCUCUGUUGGAGCUAAUAAAGAAGGAAAGGAUAAUGCUGGAUGUACUCCACUUAUUUGGGCAUCACAACAAGGUCAUCUUGAAGUUGUUAAUUAUCUUAUCUCUGUUGGAGCUAAUAAAGAAGGAAAGGAUAAUGCUGGAUGUACUCCACUUAUUUGGGCAUCAAAAAAAGGUCAUCUUGAAGUUGUUGAAUAUCUUAUCUCUGUUGGAGCUGAUAAAGAAGCAAAGGAUAAAAAUGGAAAGACUGUUCUUGAUGUUGCAAAAAGUUCUGUGAAAGAGUACUUUUUUGAAGACAAAACAGAAUAG